AUGGACCAACGCCAGCGAGAAACCAUUAUUCAGCUUGUUCUUGGGGAAAUGGAAGGGCGGGAUUCACCUGAGGCUAAACUCUUCCGAGUUAAAGAACGCAUUGAGAAGUUGUUCGGAAAAGAAUGGAGUCUCUAUCAGGCCUAUGGUGGAUUCUGGGGUAUAUGUCAGUUCAAAGCAAAGUCGAAUCUUUGGUUCCAUUACAAGGGCAUAACCUACGGAGUUUUGCAAGUUCCGGGAUCUAAGGACAUUGUUAAGUCUUCAAUAUUGAAAAUCGGCACAAAUCUUUUAAAAGUUCUCGCAAGUACUAAAAACCUUAAAAUACGAGUCAACAUGUCAGCUCCACGACAGUCAUCUCAGGAGAAAUUCACACCCGCCUUCCUUCUUCAUCUCUACGAUGAAUUGUGUGAAUCUAAGCCCGAUGCCACACUGAAGGAUUACGAGGAAUAUCUAAUGCUCUGGGGUAUGGAAAAGAAGAAGGCUAAGGUUUGCUGUUCCCGUAUUAACCCAAACAAAAAGGGAAGACUGACAAGAGAAGAUGUCUGCAACGGUCUUGGUUUUGCUCCAGAACAACCAGCUGGAUUGCGGGAUAUUGAAAUUCUCUGCCGAGAUAUGCCCAUCAGGAAAAGCGAGUCCAUUCAGGUCAUCGUCUUAAAUGUUCUCAACUCGAAGCACACUUACGUAGACACUGUGACGGAGAUCAAGAGGCAAGUCGAAAGUAUCUAUGGACCACAGUGGAAUGUGUUCGUGGCCAGCGGUCGAUACUGGGGACUUUGCACUCACAAAGCAGGUGGUAACCUUGUCUUUGCAUACAAUGGCGUUGUCUAUGGAAUCUACCAGUCACCUGAGCGCGAUUUUGAGGAUAGUCCUUUCGGAAUCAAUUCAAGUUAUGCCGUUUUAUCGAGCGAUAUGGGUGACUCACUUCAACCGGAAAAACUUGUCCAUCUCUUUGACGAGCUCACAGAGACUCAACCCGGAGUUCCCACUUCAGAGUACAAGAAGUAUCUAGUGAAAUGGGGGGUUGAUGGCAAAACUGCAACGAAAAUUUGUAAUAUGGCUGACCCUAAAGGAAAAGGACGCAUUACCCGAGAUGCGCUCUGUGAGGGACUCAAACACUGGCCAAAUCAACCCGCAAUUUUGAAAAAUGUACAACUGUUGGACUCCGAUAUGUCGGUCAUGAAACGGGAGUCUGUUACUCUCCUUAUUCUCGAAGUCAUUGCGGAAAGAAAAUCUAAAAAAGAAACAAUUGACGAGAUCAAAAAACGAUUACAGACUCUCUACGGUGAUGGGUGGAGUGUAUACAUUGCCGAGGGACGCUAUUGGUCCGUUUGCUCGCAUAGACCAGGCUCCAAUCUAGCCUUCUAUUACCAAAAUGCUGUCUAUGCUCUCGAUUCCCACAUGACUAGCAAGUACGACGCUGAGAAAUACAUUCUAUAUUUUGACGAGUUGCAAGAGAAAAAUCCAAGUAUUCCUGUUGACCUUUAUCGCGAUAAGUUGAUAAAAUGGGGUACGCCUGCCAAUGAAGUUGCCGCUAUUAUUAACAUGGUCGAUCCAGAGAGGAAGAAAUACAUCACUCGAAAUGAUAUCUAUAACGGAAUUAAUUUUGAUGCCACAAGACCACAUGCCCUUAAAGAUGUCAGUUAUCUGACCUGUCAAAUGCCAACAAUGCAAAGAGACUCUGUUGCUCUCUUCGUCCUAGAAUUAGUAGCUAAACAUAAGGAAAAACCGGAAAUGUUACGGGAGCUGAAAUCACGACUGGAGAAGGUCUAUGGUGGUGAUUGGACGUGCUUCAUUUCUGAAGGUCGAUAUUGGGCAAGACAUGCCCACAAGCCUGGCACUUGCCUCGUCUUUAUAUACAACGGCUGUGUCUACGGUGUUCAUGAUUCACCAUCGCCCUGA